AUGGAUAUGAACCAUUUAAUAGGUCAGCGGUUCAACCUGAUCUCCAAGAGUGACAUUCGCUAUGUUGGUACUUUACACGAGAUCAACCCCGAGGCUUCAACAAUAGCCCUCGAGAAUGUCGUCUCUUUCGGCACUGAAGGCCGACGCGGUAACCCCGCCGAGGAAAUCCCCCCUUCGUCCAGCAUCUACGAAUACAUUGUGUUCCGUGGUAGCGAUGUGAAGGACAUUAGUGUCGCCGAGGAGAAGGAAGCCCCACAGCCUGAGCCUCCUCAGGUGCCUGAUGAUCCUGCUAUUCUUGGAAGCAUGUCACGACCUGGACCGGGACCAGGACAAGCACAAGGACCGCCAGGACCACCAGGACCGGGUCCUCAGGGACUUCCUCCUCAUUCCCAACCCCCUCAACAGCCCGGGGCACCUCGCCCGGUUCCUCCUGGCUAUCCUCAACCUCCCCAGUUCCAAGGAUUCUACCCACCCUAUGGACAACGGUUUGGAGCGCCUGGAUUUCCUCCCGGACCGGGAUUCCCCAACAUGCCGUACGGCGCCCCGCCGGGAUGGUUCCCCCCUCCGGGUCAAGGCUUCCCCCAGGGUCCUGGCCAGUUCCCACCUCAGAUGCCUAUCGGUCCUCCUGGUCAACAUCAGACACCCCCUCCUCAGCGGCAAGGACCUGUCCCCGGUGGCCCUAUGAACGUGCCCAAGACAACGUCCGAGCUGCCUGUCGGAGACAAGCCUGUGAGCAAGCCUGCGAGCCGUGAUGCCACUCCUGGACCCGGCGCACCGGCGCAGGUUGCUCCUACUCCCCCUGUUGAGUCCAAGCCUUCAGUGGCCGAGGCCGUACAGGCAUCUGCGGGACCUGCCCAAGGCCCACCCGCCGGACUGAACAAGGUCCCCCCGACCGGCCCACGGAAUGGUCGCGUGCAGCCGGCGAUUCCCAUCGCGGCUCCUAAGGCGCCUGUAACCAAUGCUCCGGCAGCCCCUGGAAAUAAUGUCCCUCAAGGCUCCCAGGCCGCGAUUACCGAAGCUACCCGGGCGGCCACUGCUGCGGUUGCAGCCGCCAUGGCCAAGCUGCCUCAGCCUGGUCCCCAGCAGAAGUCGGGAGCUGCGCCCGUCGAUAACCUGACGCGGCAGAUGGCUGAAAUGAAGCCUUACGAUGGCACUCGACCUCAGCGUGGUCAUCAUCAGCACCCUCGCGGCGGACGCGGUGGCCAGCGCACCCAAUACCAGGGACACAAGAAGGUCGAAGUUCCGGACACGGACUACGAUUUUCAGACGGCCAAUGCCAGGUUCAACAAACAGGACCUGCUCAAGGAAGCCAUUGCCACUGGUUCCCCGGUCCACGAGGUUGAGCCUCAAUUCCCGGACGGCGACGUAUCGGAAGUUGCCAGUGCUGGUGGAGCCAGCGAUGCCACUCCCUACAACAAGUCCAGCUCAUUCUUUGACAACAUCUCGAGCGAGGCUCGCGACCGCGAAGAAGGAGCUGGCGGCCGCGUCGGUGGCCGUGAAUGGCGCGGUGAAGAAGAGAAGCGCAACAUCGAAACCUUCGGUCAGGGCAGCGUCGACGGCUAUCGCGGUGGCUACCGUGGCCGUGGCCGCGGCCGUGGCUAUGGUCGUGGACGUGGUGGUUACAACCGCGGCUACGGUGGUCGUGGACGCGGCGGCGGCAUCCGAGGUGGCCGCAAUGUCUCUCAGUCCACCGGAGUUCCCACGCAGACCUAA